GGGCGGGGCGCGGCGGGCCGCCGGCGCAGCGGCCGAGCGGGGCUGAGCAUCCUGCGCCCCGGCGCGGGGGCCUGCGGUAGCCUCGGGUCCUUCCCCUGGACCUGCCACCAAACCAGUGUGGAAGACAGACGCCGCAGCCAUGACCACCCACGUCACUUUGGAAGAUGCCCUGUCCAACGUGGACCUGCUGGAGGAGCUGCCCCUCCCAGACCAGCAGCCAUGCAUCGAGCCCCCGCCGUCUUCCAUCAUGUACCAGGCUAACUUUGACACGAACUUCGAGGACAGGAAUGCAUUUGUCACGGGCAUUGCAAGGUACAUUGAGCAGGCGACGGUCCACUCCAGCAUGAAUGAAAUGCUGGAGGAGGGCCACGACUAUGCAGUCAUGCUGUAUACCUGGCGCAGCUGUUCCCGGGCCAUCCCUCAGGUCAAGUGCAACGAGCAGCCUAAUAGGGUGGAGAUCUAUGAGAAGACGGUGGAGGUGCUGGAGCCAGAGGUCACCAAGCUCAUGAAGUUCAUGUACUUUCAGCGCAAGGCCAUUGAGCGCUUCUGUAGCGAGGUGAAGCGUCUGUGCCAUGCCGAGCGCAGGAAGGACUUUGUCUCUGAGGCCUACCUGUUGACCCUGGGCAAGUUCAUCAACAUGUUCGCGGUCUUGGACGAGCUAAAGAACAUGAAGUGCAGUGUCAAGAACGACCACUCUGCCUACAAGAGAGCGGCCCAGUUCCUAAGAAAGAUGGCGGACCCCCAGUCCAUCCAGGAAUCUCAGAACCUGUCCAUGUUCCUGGCCAAUCACAACAGGAUCACGCAGUGUCUUCACCAGCAACUGGAAGUGAUCCCGGGCUAUGAGGAGCUGCUGGCAGACAUUGUCAACAUUUGUGUUGAUUACUAUGAGAAUAAGAUGUACCUGACACCCAGUGAGAAACACAUGCUCCUCAAGGUGAUGGGCUUUGGUCUCUAUCUGAUGGAUGGAAAUGUCAGUAACAUUUACAAACUGGAUGCCAAGAAGAGAAUCAACCUUAGCAAAAUUGAUAAGUUUUUUAAGCAGCUGCAGGUGGUGCCCCUUUUCGGCGACAUGCAGAUAGAGCUGGCCAGAUACAUUAAGACCAGUGCUCACUAUGAAGAGAACAAGUCCAAGUGGACAUGCACUCAGAGCAGCAUCAGCCCCCAGUACAACAUCUGUGAGCAGAUGGUUCAGAUCCGGGAUGAUCAUAUCCGCUUCAUCUCUGAGCUGGCUCGCUAUAGCAACAGCGAGGUGGUGACAGGCUCAGGGCUAGACAGCCAGAAGUCGGAUGAGGAGUACCGGGAGCUUUUUGACCUGGCCCUGCGAGGCCUGCAGCUUCUAUCCAAGUGGAGCGCCCACGUCAUGGAGGUGUACUCUUGGAAGCUGGUUCACCCCACAGACAAGUUCUGCAACAAGGACUGCCCGGGCACCGCCGAAGAGUAUGAGAGAGCCACGCGCUACAAUUACACAAGCGAGGAGAAGUUUGCCUUUGUGGAGGUGAUUGCCAUGAUCAAGGGUUUGCAGGUGCUUAUGGGGAGGAUGGAGAGCGUCUUCAACCAGGCCAUCCGCAACACCAUCUACGCGGCCCUGCAGGAUUUCGCCCAGGUGACUCUGCGGGAGCCGUUGCGGCAAGCAGUUCGCAAGAAAAAGAAUGUCCUUAUCAGCGUUCUGCAGGCAAUUCGAAAGACCAUCUGUGACUGGGAGGGAGGCCGAGAGCCCCCCAAUGACCCAUGCUUAAGAGGGGAGAAGGACCCCAAAGGUGGCUUUGACAUCAAGGUGCCCCGCCGCGCUGUGGGACCGUCCAGCACACAGGCCUGCCAGUGGUCCCCGAGGGCUUUGUUUCACCCCACUGGUGGCACACAGGGCCGAAGAGGCUGCCGAUCCCUGCUGUACAUGGUGCGCACCAUGCUUGAAUCACUCAUCGCGGACAAGAGCGGCUCCAAGAAGACGCUCAGAAGCAGCCUGGAUGGCCCUAUCGUCCUUGCCAUCGAGGACUUCCACAAGCAGUCCUUCUUCUUCACACACUUGCUUAACAUCAUCGAGGCUCUCCAGCAGUGCUGUGACCUCUCUCAGCUCUGGUUCCGAGAAUUCUUCCUGGAGUUGACCAUGGGCCGGCGAAUCCAGUUCCCAAUUGAGAUGUCCAUGCCCUGGAUUCUAACGGACCAUAUUCUGGAAACCAAAGAACCUUCCAUGAUGGAGUACGUCCUCUACCCCUUGGAUCUGUACAACGACAGCGCCUACUAUGCGCUCACCAAGUUCAAAAAGCAGUUCCUGUAUGACGAGAUCGAAGCCGAGGUGAACCUGUGUUUUGAUCAGUUUGUCUACAAGCUGGCUGACCAGAUCUUUGCCUACUACAAAGCCAUGGCCGGCAGUGUCCUGCUGGAUAAACGUUUUAGAGCUGAAUGUAAGAACUAUGGAGUGAUCAUUCCAUACCCGCCAUCUAACCGCUACGAGACACUACUAAAGCAGAGACAUGUCCAGCUGUUGGGUAGAUCAAUUGACUUGAACAGACUCAUCACCCAGCGGAUUUCUGCUGCCAUGUACAAAUCCUUGGACCAGGCAAUCAGCCGCUUUGAGAGUGAAGAUCUGACCUCCAUUGUGGAGCUAGAGUGGCUACUGGAGAUUAACCGGCUCACACACCGACUCCUCUGUAAGCACAUGACGCUAGACAGCUUCGACGCCAUGUUCCGAGAAGCCAAUCAUAACGUGUCUGCCCCCUAUGGCCGCAUCACCCUGCAUGUCUUCUGGGAGUUGAACUUUGACUUCCUUCCCAACUACUGCUAUAAUGGAUCCACAAACCGUUUUGUCCGAACCGCCAUCCCCUUCACCCAAGAACCACAACGGGAUAAACCCGCCAAUGUCCAGCCUUAUUACCUCUACGGAUCCAAGCCUCUCAACAUUGCCUACAGCCACAUCUAUAGCUCCUACCGGAACUUCGUGGGGCCCCCUCACUUCAAGACCAUCUGCAGACUGUUGGGCUACCAGGGCAUCGCCGUGGUCAUGGAGGAACUGCUGAAAAUCGUCAAGAGCUUGCUCCAAGGCACCAUUCUGCAGUACGUGAAGACACUCAUAGAAGUGAUGCCUAAAAUAUGCCGUUUGCCUCGGCACGAGUAUGGCUCUCCAGGGAUCCUGGAAUUCUUCCACCACCAACUGAAGGACAUCAUCGAGUAUGCAGAACUCAAAACGGAUGUGUUCCAGAGCCUCAGGGAGGUGGGCAACGCCAUCCUGUUCUGCCUCCUCAUAGAGCAAGCUCUGUCUCAGGAGGAAGUCUGUGACCUGCUCCAUGCCGCACCUUUCCAAAACAUCCUGCCCCGAGUCUACAUCAAAGAAGGGGAGCGCCUGGAAGUCCGGAUGAAGCGCCUCGAGGCCAAGUACGCCCCACUUCACCUGGUCCCCCUGAUAGAGCGGCUCGGGACGCCUCAGCAAAUCGCCAUCGCUCGGGAGGGUGACCUCCUGACCAAGGAGCGGCUCUGCUGCGGCCUGUCCAUGUUUGAGGUCAUCCUGACCCGAAUCCGGAGCUACCUACAGGACCCCAUCUGGAGGGGCCCGCCACCCACCAAUGGUGUCAUGCACGUGGAUGAGUGUGUUGAGUUCCACCGGCUGUGGAGCGCCAUGCAGUUUGUCUACUGCAUCCCUGUGGGGACCAACGAGUUCACAGCUGAGCAGUGCUUCGGUGAUGGCUUGAACUGGGCCGGCUGUUCCAUCAUCGUCUUGCUGGGCCAGCAGCGGCGCUUUGACCUGUUUGACUUCUGUUACCAUCUGCUGAAGGUGCAGAGGCAGGAUGGGAAGGAUGAGAUCAUUAAGAAUGUGCCCCUGAAGAAGAUGGCUGACCGAAUCAGGAAGUACCAGAUCUUGAACAAUGAGGUUUUUGCCAUCCUGAACAAGUACAUGAAGUCCGUAGAGACUGACAGCUCCACCGUAGAGCAUGUGCGCUGCUUCCAGCCCCCAAUCCACCAGUCACUGGCCACCACUUGCUAGGUAGAAAAUCCUGCAGACCUUCAAUCUGGAGAAGGAGGAGAAGCAGGAGAGAGAACACAGUGGUCAACCUGCAGCAGGUCCAGCUGACAGUGUGUGGGACAGGCCUGGAAGGACAAGGAAACCUCCCCAACACAUCUAUACCACUCCCAAGGGCCGGGCUCCCGCAUGUUCUCCCAUGAUAUCUCCAUGGUGGGUUCUCCAUAGUGUAAAUGAAAAAACAACAAAAACACAGGGCAGUGUGUGCUUUCUUCUUCUUUUUUUUCCCCAUCUUAACUGUAUUUAAGAGCUACUGUUUCCACCCUGCAGCUGCCCACUCCGUCUGUGAUUACUUCCCAAGACCACCUCCCAAAAUCAUAACCUCCUACCCAGUACCUGUAUUUGUUUGAUCCAGCACUGUAGUCUUAGAGACACAGAAGAGAGAGUGUAGCAGAGAUAUCAGUCUGGCCCAAUUGUAUACCUCAGCUUACUGGCCCAUCUUCUGUGGCUUCUCCCUCCAGUUCCCUGGUCACAGCACUUCCUGCUCUUGGGAUUAGGGUUUGGUGGGAUUUCACCAUCAAAGUUUGACUCCUAGUGAACCAGGAAGAGAUUGCGACUGUCAAGGCAACAGAUGAUGCUAACCAGGAUCUUUUACAGCCUCCCUAGGAUCCAACCCAGACCCUCCUUGCAGAACAACCCUAGAGAGAAGAAGAUAAGGCUUGCAAAACCAUACCGCACUAAGUGGAACUACGUGAAGAUGCCCAGGCCUACUGUGAGGGAGAGAUAGCCGUCAGCACAGGGCAAAACUCCAGAUCCCAAAGGGGAAAUGUUAGGCCUUGUCAACAGCGUGGGAAGAUGAGGCACUCCUGUUCCUCAUGCAGAGGCUUAGCACUGAGCCACACGGGAAUGCCCAUGGUCAGUCAUAAGGCUACACAUAGCAUGAACGAGUGACCAAGUCGGUGACUGCUUAACACAGAGCCUAAUCCAGGAAAAUCCCCCAAGAAAGAAAAUCUAAAGGGGUUAGUUACUUCAACUGGAGACAGGGUGGCAAGGAGGAAAAAAAAAUCUUUGUCAACAACCUUUUAACCCCAAGACCCCUCCCCCCAAAAAGAAGUCUUUGAGCAAACAGGAAUGUUCAUUGUGUUGGCUACUCAAAGAUUCUUGGAAUGUUCUAUUCUUUUGCUCUCAACUUCUUGGUCUCUUCCUUUUGUUCAAGCUCAGUGCUGGGGUUGGAGAGUCUUUCAUGGGGGUGUAUUAACUUCUAUGUUCCAGACUAACCCCCACCCCCGCACAGCCCCCAUGUAUAGCAGAUCUUUAAAGAGAUUGCUCGUGUUUCUAUACAGAGCUAGUCAUCUGACAUGCAGAGAGAGGACAUAGACCUGAGCUUCCAAAACAUAGGAAGGAAUGAUGGAUACUCCUCUACUAGCCUGGGGAGGAGAAGAGAAGACAGGCGUAACCAUCCCCUGCCCCAGAAAGGUGACUUGUUAUCUAUCACUGAUUUUAACCAGAGAGCAGAAGAGAUGUGCGUAGCCAUAGCUUUGCCAGACAGGGCCAUGUACCCCAGAGAGGUCACAUCAAUUAAAGCUCUUGAAGAUGGCACACUUGAGUGUUCAUUUCUGGACACUACCCCUGAAUCUCUGGGAAUAGGGCCAGAAGAUCUGCCUCUUCCCAGUUAUAUUACAGCAUACCACAGUCUCAGAGCCCUUGCAGUAGAUUGGACAACUCCACUAACUCUGGGCUUCUGUAGACUCUCUGAGCAAGAAUAGGAGUCAUUUGUAGUAGGGGUGUGGUUUGAAAUGGAAGCUGUUCAGUCCUCUUGUCCGGCACUGUUAAUUCUUAGUCUGAUCAUUUUUCAGUGACCAUAGAUGUAUCCCAGAAGAAGAUUCCACUCUCCAGGUCUUCAGCUCCGGCUGGGGAUAGUGUGUGAUUAACAGAUUUUGCUCUCUUAGUCCUCCCUCACUGCUCUGUAGCGAUGUGGGCUGUUCAUUCCCUAAGGCUGCCUUCCUGGCAGCUCAUCCUUCCGACCUUGCACUCCUGACCCCAACAGUUGACCCUCUGGGAAGAGUCACAUUCUCCUCAAGAGAUCUGAUCCCAAUAAAUUGAAGUCCUCACUUUGAGGACAGAGAUUCCAUUUCUGCAGCACUUGUCUGCAGACACUGGCCAACUUCAAUGAAUGCUCUUUCCUCUCUAGUGGUCCUUGUCUCCCCCCCCCCCUUUUGAUUUUUUUUUUUUAUGUAUUUAAAACUCAAGAAAAAAAGCUUAGAUUUUAAAAUGUUUUAAAAAGAAUUCUGUUUCAGAAACUGUCAAAUGUGUACCAUAUUUGUAUUAAGAGUUGUUGGGGAUUUUUUGUACAAUGAAUUUACAUUUAUUUAUGGUGAACUUAUAUUUACGCUCGUGAUCAAAUAAUGAUGUUAAAUUCUUAAAUCCUAUUUGCUAUGCAGCUGAAGAUGAUAUUUUGAUUUGUAUUUUGGGGGUACCUGUGUUGAGUUGAUAAAACAUUUUCAUCUCCAUUAAAAUUGCUUCCGAACCAGUCAAA